UCUUUUCAGUUGGAAUUUAAAAAGCUCAAGUACGGUCAGUUUUCAGCCACGGAUCCGUUAGUUUAACACUUUUUCUUGAAGCGAACCAGUUGAGCGUGGCUUUGAAGAACGAAAACCCCAGAAUGUGCGACUACCAGAUGGAAUACUCGUUUGUGUUUGAAGAGAGCUCCUGCGAGGGCGACGUGUCGAUGGCAGCCUAUGAUAAUGGCUUCGAGUCCCUGUGGCAACAAGUGGGCGAGGAACUGCGCAGGGAGCGGGAAAUGAACGAGCUCGGCCAGCUUUUCCAACAAAACCUGAGCCUGAGUCCGCCCGCCUUCGCGGACCAAUGGAGAUUCUGAGGGGACCCCUCAAGCCAGCUCAAUGUGAUAUAUGUACAGUAUAGACUUAGCAGAUCAGCCGCCAAAAAAGUGGCCUUCGCUAGAGCAUUUUCGAAAAGUGCUCGUAGAUUUUAUAGUAGUAUAAUAGUAUAACAACCAAAAAUGUUUUUGUAUACCUUGUUCACUCCUAGUUUACGCAAUGGUCUUGUCCGUGCCUUCAAAUGUUUGCUUUCGUGAAAAUUCGCUUUGUUUUGUCACUCUACCAAGUAAUCAAUUUGUACCAAACACUUGUCCAUAGAUCUUAAUUUCGCAAUAGUUUGCCUUCGAUAAUGUAUACAAGAACAAAGGGCAAGUUCGAGACUUGCUGUCUUCUUACUCAACACGAUUCUAAUAAUUUUGCAAUGUAUGAUCGUUCGAAAA